AUGGCAUUAGAUUCUGAGAACCUGACUGGACAUCGUUAUGGUAACUCAUGCGGGAUAGACUUCAAUCAAGAUGCAGUCUUCCUUCCAGUUCUGUAUGGAAUAUUUUUCAGUCUCGGCACUCCCUUGAACAUUUUAUCUCUGGUUGGAUUGUACAAGCUCAUCAAAACAGAAAAUGUUUUGCCUGUGUAUGUGCUUAACUUGUUACUUGCUGACCUUAUCCAACUGCUGACUUUGCCCCUGUGGAUUGACUACUAUAAAAAUGACCACUACUGGCGAUUUGGUCCCAGAGUCUGCCAGUUCACCAGUCUUUGUUUCUACGUCAGCAUGUACGCAGCAAUCUUCUUCAUGUGCAUCAUAGCACUCGAGCGCCACUUGGCAAUCGCCUGCCCACUGAAAUUUCACUUCCUGAGCCGACUCAAGUUUGCCCGCUGGUUUGCGCUGGGCAUAUGGGUGAUGAUUACCAUCCCGUUGUUUAUCGCCUUCAACAAGCUCUUCCCAGUGCGUGCCAACUACACCCUCUGCAUUGAGAAAUACCCUUCGGGAGGAGGCUUUAUCACCUACCGGCUCAUAACCCUGCUGAUCUCUUUCGUCAUUCCUCUGGCAUUCAUCCUCAUCCUCCACGUAAAGACCCUGCGGUCGCUGAUGGCCGUCACCGCCCUGGCCUCGAACGAGAAGAGGCGCAUCAAGAGCCUCCUCACCCUCCUGGUGGUCAUAUUCCUCGUGGUGCUCGGACCCUACCACAUCACCGGGUGUGUUAAGUACCUGGGCCUGCUAUUCCACGGGGAUUCCUAUGUCUGUGCCUGGGAGAAAGCCAUCUUCAUGCCCUUCCAGCUGGGCAGGGGCCUGCUGAGCCUCAACAGUCUGUUGGACCCCGUUCUCUACAUCUUCCUGAGGAACGACUUCAGGUCGGCGGCGGCGCGGAACCUGCCGUGUCUGAGGAGGAUGACCUGGGGCCUGAGCCAAGCCAGGGCUUCCUGUGGGCGUUCUGAGCCCAUGGAGAAUGGCACAGGCUCCACGGAUGGGUUAUAACAAGAACCUUAUGGCCUGAUUCAUAGCCUACGCAAGCUAUGUGAAUGCAGUUGACAACGCAAGCUAAGCAGUCGAUGAUCCCCCAUCGGAAACACAUGAUAUGAUACGACAUGUGUCGUUACGUCACGUUACAAAAAAUUGGGCAAAGCAUUUUGCUUUGCAAGAGCGCAUCAGUAUAAGUAUAUAUACUUUUUUGAUCCCGUGAGGGAA